AUGACCAACUCCAUACUAGAUAGUUAUUCUUCAAGACGCAAACCCCGCCGCAUUGGCAUCCUGACAUCAGGAGGGGAUGCUCCGGGAAUGAAUGGAGCAAUCCGCGCAGUCGUCCGCACAGCAAUCCAGAACGGCUGUGAAGCAUGGGCAAUCCACGAAGGCUACGAGGGACUCAUCCAGGGCGGUUCAAUGAUGCAUCCUCUGUAUUGGGAAGACGUUCGAGGCUUCCUAUCGCGUGGAGGGACACUCAUUGGCUCUGUGCGCUGUGAUCGUUUCCGCGAACGAGAAGGUCGUCUCCAGGCUGCGAGAAACAUGGUGCUUUUCGGUAUUGACGCCUUAGUCAUCUGUGGUGGAGACGGAAGUUUGACCGGGGCAGACCUCUUUCGGUCGGAAUGGUCAGAGUUACUCAAUGAGCUGGUCUCAACGGGUGUUUUGACUGUGGCACAAGUCGCACCUCAUCAGAAUCUGAAUAUUGUUGGACUGCUCGGCUCUAUUGACAAUGACUUUUCCGGCACGGAUGCCACCAUUGGAUGCUAUUCUGCGUUAACACGAAUUUGCGAGGCGGUCGAUGCAGUGUUUGAUACAGCUUCCUCCCAUCGCCGAGGCUUCGUCGUCGAAGUUAUGGGCCGACACUGUGGCUGGUUGGCGUUGAUGGCUGCCAUCGCAACUGGGGCAGAUUGGUUGUUUAUCCCGGAGAGGCCUCCGCGAGAUGGCUGGGAAGAUGAUAUGUGCUCGAUAAUCACCAAGAAUCGUAACCGCGGAAAACGUCGCACUAUCGUUAUUCUGGCGGAAGGAGCCCAGGACAGCAACUUGGAUCGCAUUUCGUCGGCUGCCGUGAAAGAUGUCCUUAGCAAGCGUCUAGGGCUCGAUACCCGCGUCACCGUUCUGGGGCACAUCCAACGAGGCGGAUCCCCGUGUGCAUAUGACCGCUGGCUGUCAACGUUACAAGGCAUCCACGCCGUCAAAGCAGUGCUGUCUAUGACUCCUGACUCGCCCUCUCCGGUGGUGAUUAUCCAGGAAAAUAGAAUCAAAACCUCGUCUCUGGCUGAAACUGUUGCGCUGACGAAGGAGGCUAAUGCCAGUAUGCAUGCCAAAGAGUUCGAGAAAGCAGCAACACUUCGGGAUCCCGAAUUCAUGGAAUAUCAUAGCGCGUACCGACAUCUGAACACGAGUGAUCAUCCUAAGAUGGUCUUGCCCGAAGAUAAGAUUACAGCGCAUGCGGAUUGCCAUCAUUCACGUCGCGCCCCAGCUGCAGGCAUGAAUCCAGCCACGCGCGCAGUAGUCGCCUAUUGUUUAACUAGAGGACACACCCCAAUCGCCAUUCACAACGGUUUCCCUGGUCUCUGUCGGCACCAUGACGAUACCCCUGGCUCGGUUCGUGAAAUGCAUUGGCUGGAGUCUGGUGACUGGAUCAACGAUGGCGGGUCUGACAUUGGUACCAACGCGGGACUACCGUUAGACGAUAUCAAAACGACAGCUCAAUGCUUUGAGCGGUAUAAGUUCGAUGCACUCUUCGUUAUAGGAGGCUUCGAAGCGUUUACAGCUGUCAGCCAACUACGCAAGGCGCGUGAGCAAUAUCCUGCUUUCCGGAUUCCGCUUGUUCUGCUCCCAGCAAGUAUGUCGAAUAAUGUUCCCGGCACGGAAUAUUCCCUUGGAAGCGAUACCAGCCUUAACACACUUGUUUAUUUCUGCGAUGUCGUCCGGCAAUCUGCGUCCUCGUCCGGGCACAGCGUGUUUGUUGUUGAAGCGCAAGGGGCCGAGUACCAGGCGACAGCUGCUGCACUGGCCGCGGGAGCGAUGACCGUGUAUACGCCUGAUCGAGGAAUAACUCUCCAGAGCCUCUCUAACGACAUUGAGUACCUCCGCAAACAGUUCUUAAAGGAUCACGGCGCCAAUCGUUCGGGCAAGCUGAUCAUCCGCAAUGACCAGACGUCCACCAUAUACAGUACAACAGAGAUUGCAAAUAUUAUCAAACACGAAGCCAAGAAUCGCUUUGAUGCGCAGGGCGUGGUGCCAGGGCACUUCCAACAGGGUGGCAAAGUCUCACCCAUCGACCGUAUUCGCGCGUUUCGGUUAGCCGUCAAGUGCAUGGAACAUUUGGAGACUUUCGCAGGUCAAUCACCGGAUGAGAUCACGAACGACGAGAACUCAGCUACGGUGAUCAGCAUCAAGCAGUCUCGUAUCCUUUUGCUGCCGAUGGGAGGUCCUACCGGGGUUGAAGCUACCGAUACUGAUUGGAAGCGACAGCGGCCGAAGACUCAGAACUGGUUGGAGAUCCAGGAAGCUGUGGACUCCUUGUCGGGGCGCUCGUCCGUGUGUGCAAUCCCGAACUGA